GUAGUAAGUAGUAUUUGAUGUUUGAUCAAUAAUCAUGAUUGGUACUAUACGUAACCAGCAGUUAAUAGUAUCGUACAUUCAUUCCUAUAGUAAAAUAUGAAAUAAUUAUAUUUUAUUUCAGAUAAAGUCUUAAUUGUUUUUAUACUAUAUAUUUUAAAAAUUGAAAUAAUAUGAGUAAACAAGGAAGUGACAAAAGAAAUGACAUGAAUUCUAAGGAUGAUAAAAAAACGAAAAAACCCGCAACUGUAAAAACAAGGAAAGAAGGAAAGAAGUCAAGAAAUCUAGUGGAUGUGUUUAAUGAAUGCGCUAUGGAUAAUGCUUACUAUACAUGUCACAACAUACAAGAUCUACUAAAAUGCCGUGGAUUUCCAUGGCCUCAGCUACAAAAGAAAAAGAAGAAGAAAGGUAGCAAAAAAGGCAAAUGAGAAUCAUAUAAGUCGUCAACAAAACCGGUACACAGUAUUUUUGAAGGAUUUUGGUUUUCCCAAGCAGGAUGCGCUUAAUAAGGUACUUAGUGUUAAUUUCAUGAUGUGAAAUGAAACAUUAUCCAACCGGAUUUAUGAUUUAUAAACGUAAUACCAAUCACAUUACAAAUUCUACAUUUGACUUUAACUCUGGAAAGCUUUCUUUUUUUUCCGAUUAACGAAAUUGUAAAGUUCAUGUUUCGUGUUUAUUUCAAGGGCUUGACAAUUUUUCAUUCAGAUUACGCUUAUAUAAUACACAUAUUGAAUAUAUAAUUCAUUAAGAUGUUAUACCCGUCAAGAAUACUCGGAAUCCAUGCGAAUAUGAAUAUCAUUUCUUACCACGUACACACUGCUGCGUUGAAAGGGUAAUUUUAUAAAGUUAAAAAAGGUAACAUUUCCCUUCCGCUCAUCCGUUAGGUAGAGGCAUAAGUUUUUACCAGUGGUAU